GCCGCUCUCGCAGGCGAGAACGAAAUUCUUUCACAUCUGCAUCCUCUACCCACUAACCUACUCGGAAAUUUGGCAUUGAGUGACAUCUGCCAAAAUGGGAACAGGAAAGAAGGAAAAAUCUCGCAUUCAGCGACAGGGCAAGGUGACGGGUGAUCCAAAGGUCAAGGGCGAGAACUUCUACCGGAGCGCAAAGAAGAUCAAGGCCUUGAACGUGCUUAAGGAGGGAAAGGCCAUCCGCAACAAGGAGGGCAAGGUCGUCAAGGCCGCGUCGUAUCAGAGCAGAGAUGUUCCCACAGCCGUCAUCGAGCCGAACCGGAGAUGGUUCAACAACACCAGAGUCAUUUCGCAAGAUACGUUGACAUCUUUCCGGGAGGCGAUUGCCGAGAAGGACAAGGAUCCUUACUCGGUGCUGUUGAAGAGCAACAAGCUCCCCAUGAGCUUGAUCAGAGAUGGACCCAAGGAUGCGUUAAAGAAGCACCAAGCCAAGAUGACGAUUGAGAGCGAGCCGUUUUCACAGACCUUUGGCCCCAAGGCCCAAAGGAAAAGGCCAAAACUCAGCUUCAACACGAUCGGUGACUUGACAGAACACAGCGAGAAGAGCAUGGAUACGUACCAGGCCAGACUCGAGGAGAUCAAGCUCCUAAGUGGUGCUUCUGGAUAUGGCGGUGGUCUUGCCGACGACGAUGUUCAAGAGGAGGAUUUCAGUGUCGCGACGGCCAAGGAGGCUAUCUUCACAAAGGGCCAGUCGAAGCGUAUUUGGAACGAACUGUACAAGGUCAUUGAUUCGUCAGAUGUCAUCCUGCACGUUAUCGAUGCCAGAGAUCCUCUGGGAACCAGGUGUCGUCACGUUGAGAAAUACCUUGCCACUGAGGCUCCUCACAAACAUCUUAUUUUCGUGUUGAACAAGAUCGAUCUUGUUCCUUCCAAGACUGCUGCCGCGUGGAUUCGCGUUCUGCAGAAGGAUCAUCCCACAUGUGCUAUGAGAUCUAGCAUCAAGAACCCCUUCGGUCGUGGUUCUUUGAUCGAUCUUCUCAGACAGUUCAGUAUCCUGCACAAGGACAGGAAACAGAUCAGCGUCGGUCUUGUUGGCUACCCCAACGUCGGCAAGUCGAGUAUUAUCAAUGCCCUUCGUGGUAAGCCCGUUGCUAAGGUCGCCCCUAUUCCCGGAGAGACCAAGGUGUGGCAGUACGUCACUUUGAUGAGGAGGAUCUACCUCAUCGACUGCCCUGGUAUUGUUCCUCCCAACCAGAACGAUACGCCGCAGGAUCUCCUGCUCCGUGGUGUUGUACGUGUAGAAAACGUCGAUAACCCGGAGCAAUACAUCCCUGCGGUACUGAACAAAGUCAAACCUCACCACAUGGAGAGGACAUAUGAGCUCAAGGGCUGGAAGGACCAUAUCCAUUUCCUUGAGAUGCUUGCUAGGAAGGGCGGCAGACUUCUCAAGGGUGGUGAGCCUGACGUUGAUGGUGUCGCGAAGAUGGUUCUCAAUGACUUCAUGCGAGGCAAGAUUCCUUGGUUCACGCCUGCCCCCGAAAAGGAGGAGGGUGAGACUGAUACCAUGGAGGGUCGCGAAGGACGCUACGGUGAAAUGUCCAAGAAGCGGAAACGUGACGAGGACGACAGCGCGCCUGCUACCACUCCCGCUUCAGCAGGAGAGGAUGCCAAGGAGGAAGACUCUAACUUUGCCGGGUUCGACAGUGACAGCGACUCUGAGGUCGAAGAGGCUGCUGAGGAGAAGGGUGAGGAGAAGGGUGAGGAGAAGAGCACUGCUGAAGAUAUGAUACCCCUGGACGCGUCGAGCGAUGAGGAAGAGGAUGACGAGGAGGAGGGCUCUGACGUCGAAGAUGGCGAGGAAGGAUCCGACCUCGACAUCGAAGGAGCCAGCGAACUCGAAGAGUCCGAGUCAGAAGCCGAGGCUGCGCCAGCACCUCCGAAGAAGCAAAGGAGGAGCAGGAAGUAAACUCGGUCAGUGAAGGCGAUGGGCGGCUGGAGUGAACCGAGCAUGCGUUCAAUAGCCGACCUCAGGGUCG